CAUAUUUCCAUUCUGCCGUUUUAGCGUCAGGCGUUUUGUCUUGUCGCAACCCAAUUUCUUUCCUUUUUUUUUUUUAUAUCCCCGCCAUUAUCGGCCUAAUCACUGUCAUCCUAUGGUUUCCUUACCGGGUGGCGUUCUCUUCCAUUUCCCCAUUCUCUUGUGUAAAGGGCAGUCUCUGGAACCGUUUUUGUCUCAUUUUUUACUGCUUAUUUUGUCUGUGUUUCCUCGUUCAUGGACCCGUAGGUACGCGACAGGUUUGAGACCAUUUUUCUUUUGUUCCAAUUUUCCUUGAUUUCCAUCGGUUCAUUUUUCUUAUGUGUGCGCGCGCAUGUGCGCAGCGCGCUCGGGCGUCUCUCUCCUUAUGCGUCACCGGCGGAGGCAACCGGAUGACGGGACAAAAGCAUAUCGGCUUCAGUAAUAAUUCUAAUAACAUCGGCGCUGCCCCCACCCUAGCCUCUUUCCCUUUCCCGCUCCCUAGUCUAGGUUGGAGGUUUUGUUUUUUUUUUUUUUGUUUUUUUUUUUUUGUUUUUUUCAGCGGGCUGUCGAUUGGGAGCUUUGGACUCGUCUUUGUUUUGGUGUGUUGUUGUUGUUGUUGUUGUUGUUGUUGUUGUUGUUAUUGUUGUUGUUUUUGUCGGUGGUGGUGGUCCAUGUUGACGAAUGAAUCAGGGCAAGCAAGGGAAAGGAAGGCAAAGGGAAAGGAUAAAGGGCAGGGCAGGGGGAAACGCGUCGGACACGGACACGGACACGGACACGGACACGGCCUGGGAAUGAUAUACAGUGCUAUACAUCAGCACGCCGCAGCAGUCUUGCAGCACAGCUGCUGCUACUCUACUACCCCCAACUACUAUACUACUACUACUACUACUACUUACUAACUACUAGUACGGCUAAUUAAUACACUCAUUUUGAUAAACAAUCCGCAUGACUCCUCCGGUGGGGGCGAGGGCACGAGAAAGACAUGGACAUCUGACAAAAAAGCGCAUAAAAAGACAUGAGAAAAGAAGGCAAA